GCCGGGGGUUGAGAAUACGGUGUGAGUGGAAAAAGAAAAGUCUGUAGAAAGAGAAAGAAAAAAACGUAGUUACAUACUCGAUUUAGAGUUUUUCUUGAGAUGUUUUGACUGCUGAAAUGAUGAUGUGGAAGAUUCGACCAUGCAACAUUGUAACGCGGGUAAACUGAUUAGAGAAUUGGAACCGAGUGUUACGAGGCAUUCCCCCACUCUAUCGGCACGACGGACUCAAAGUUCUACGCCAUUCAGAGCAGACAAGAGUGGAUUUAUCUGAGGCCAGGGCAACAUUAUUAGUCUCAAACAUUUGUGAAAAAGACCAGGAAAAAAUAAAGCUGGAAGCUCAAAAGUAACUAGUGGACAAUAGGGGGGCUGGGGUUUAGAUCGCAUGAAAAUAGGGGUUUAGGCUGAGCUUAGAAACGGAAAAGUUUUAAGCCAACGAGGAGUUAGCGAUUUUAAUUUGCAACGUAUCAAGAAGAACAACGAAGACUGAGUGUCGGAUACCAACCCAAGAAACCAAAGAAAAACUGUCUGAAUUGACCAGAGUCACCAUGAAAACCCCGGGGGACACGGGGUUUGCCUUCCCCGACUGGGCCUACAAGCCGGAGUCAAGCCCCGGAUCGCGACAAAUCCAGCUGUGGCACUUCAUCCUGGAGUUGUUGCGGAAGGAGGAGUACCAGGAGGUCAUUGCCUGGCAGGGGGACUACGGAGAGUUUGUCAUCAAGGACCCUGACGAGGUGGCCCGGCUGUGGGGCGCCCGCAAAUGCAAACCUCAAAUGAACUACGACAAGCUGAGCAGAGCGCUCAGAUACUACUACAACAAGAGGAUCCUCCAUAAGACCAAAGGCAAGAGGUUCACCUACAAGUUCAACUUCAACAAGCUGGUGCUGGUCAACUACCCAUUCAUAGACAUGGGCUCCGCUAGGGGAGUCCCUCAGAGCGCCCCACCAGUGCCAACCGGGGGCAGCCACUUCCGUUUCCCCCCGUCCACCCCAUCCGAGGUACUCUCCCCCAGCGAAGACCUGCGCAGCCCGGGCGUGUUCAGCAGCGUGGGACGCCGCCUGGCCCGGGGCUCCGUGUCUGACUGCAGCGACGGCACCUCCACCAACUCAGAGCUGGAGGAAGGGGUGGGCGUGGAAGACCGUGGCGGCCCCGGCCCCGAACGGGCCUUCCGAGGCCUCCUCCAUCCCCGCCUCUCCCACGACUCGCUGUUCCGUGCCUAUGGGGGUCCCGGCGGCCUAGGGCGCCCCCCGCCCGGCCACAGGGUGCACGGCGACCCUCUGUCACCCUUCCCCGUGUCGCCACUACCAGGGCCCGGGGGCCUCCUGGGCCCCACCCUCUCCCCGGCCCUGUCCAUGACCCCGGGCUCCCACCUGCCCUACACUCCCUCCCCCUCCCUCUCCCCCAUGCUGGGCUCCCACUUCUCUUUCAACCCGGAGGACAUGAAGCGCUACCUGCAGGCCCACCACCAGAGUGUCUAUAACUACCACCUCAGCCCCAGAGCCUUCUUCCACUACCCCAACAUAGUGGUCCCCCAGCCCCACCGGCCCUCAGCGGCCCCCGACAAGCCCCCAGCAGCCCACCACCCGUCCCACCACCACGCCCCCCUCAUGCCCACUCAUUCCCAUUCGCUGCACCAUCACCAAGGGGAGGAGCAUCAGCACCCUUCGCCCUUCAAGUUCAAGUUGCAGCCACCCCCGCUGGGGCGGAAACAGCGUGAUGGGUCCGCCUCCUCGACCGGUGGCUCCACCUCCAGCAUGGGCUCCUCCUAUGCCGCCUCAGGGCUGCUUACAAACUCCUCCUCCGCCGGCCCUCCCAAAAUCAAGGUGGAGCCCAUCUCUGACAUGGAGUCCGAGGAGGAGGUGGAGGUGACCGACAUCAGCGAGGAGGAAGAGCUGCUUGACGAAGAGGGCGACGUUUUCGCCCCUCUUUACCCGACCAACGGGAGCGCCCCUUCCACUGUCACCAACGGCGCCCUGGGAGCCAUCGCUGAGGACGACCUGGACGAGGACGUGUUCAAGACCCCUGCCGCCCCUCCCAUGGGCCCCCUGACCCCCACCCUGCUGGGCUUGAAGUGCGAGCCGGCCCCUCCCAUGGGCCCACUGACCCCCACCCUGCAGGGCCUGAAGAGUGAUCUGGCCCCUCCCAUCAGCCCCGGCGGCACCCUCUGCAUCCCCCUCAAGCUGCGCUUUAAGCGCCGCUGGAGCGAGGACCAGAAGAUGGAAGCCGAUGGCGAGCGCGAAGACGCAGAGGACAAGAAGGUGCGGGCGGAAAAAGACGAGGCAGAACCAGCCGGGAGGGAGCCAGAAAAUGGGGAGGGGCUCCGGAAAAGCCCCUCCCUGAAUCUGGGAUGUCCUCCCCCGCCGGCCCAGCGCAGAGCCAGCUCAGAGCUGCAGAGAGCGACGGCCCAGCUGUCCCUGGAGAACCACGGAGCCUGCUGAGGCAGGGACACACCGUAGACACACACGACAUGGCCACACAUUUCCCCUCACAUAGCCAAGCACAUAGACUAAAGUACUGGUGCGGAAGGCCUCUUUACUCCCAGUUUGAACCCAUUGAAUACUCAAACGCACAGCUCAACACGCUGCGACCCAGACACUAAGCACGGCCGUACACUGUAUAUAUUGACAUGUAUGAAUACUGACAUCUAGUGUAAACCAGACCUGAACAACGCCUUAAGGGGCCUCCGUCUCCUCGCUGUUACCCAGAGCUCCUUAGCCUUUCAGGGAUGCAUUAACACCAACGGGAGAAGAUCCCUGUUUAGACCCCGCCUCUCCCGGCGGGCCGCCCCGCGUUCUCUGGCGUCGGGGCGGUCGUGUCGCCUGCGCGCUUUGGGUCUUCGGCGACUGACCUGAAACGGGAUUACAGAAGUGCCUGUAUGUACGCACGAUUGUUUACAAAGCGGAGGGGCCUCGCCGCCAACUUUUGUCAACCGCUCGGUCGCCUUUCGACGGCCGGAGAAGGAUCUCCGGAGUCAUCAACCAAGAGACCUCCCGGCUGCUGCCGCGUAAUCCCGGCACCUUCCAGGGACUGACUCAGAUUUAAAGACUGAGCGUGGGCCUAAGUGAGCACACUUUCUUUCACUUUGAAAAUUGUCUCAAGAUGUUUGCGCAGAUCUAAAUGUCAUGUGGAUGUAUCUGGAUCUGUAGAGGAUGUGGAUAUACUGGCAGGCCAGACUUGAGACUCAGGGUUGCCUCUCAUGGCCUCCCUGUCACUCAAGUGCUGAUUGACAGUUCCCAUGGCAUCAAUGCAGUAACCAACCAGGCCUUAAUGGACAGCUUGUUUACUGUACAGGGUCCAAUAAAGGGGAGAAGCGGAAGCCCCAAAAAAGAUGGGACUACAAACUGGGACCCUACAUUUUGGGGACCCUACAUGACUGUUUGCACAAUCUUAUAAGGAGAGUGGAGAUAAUCUUUCAGCGUCAUACCAAGAGUAUGGAUCAAGAGUAUCUCAAAGAUGUCCUCCUUUUCCCUAAUUUAAGCCGCUCCUCUUUUUUUCCACGAGCGUGCCUCAAAAAGAGACAGUGUUUAGGAGAAGCAGUUAAGCGGUUUGCAGUGAAGGGCGGUUUAGAUGUACUGUUAUAUGUGCUUAAACUGAGGUUGAAUGAAUUUAAUUGACCCCCCCCCCCCCCCGCAUAAAAAAAACAAUGAUACCUUGAAAUGAAUGUGAGAACCCAAGUAAACUCAGGCAAACCUUCACAAAGCCUUUUACAUUUUAACAACUUUUGUCUAAAGAAAAGCCAAUUUUAACAAAAUGAGAUUGUGCCUUUUAAAACUGACAGGUGACCUAAAAUGACCCCGGCCAAAAAAGAUCCUCAUAGAUACUCACACACGUGCGUACCCACACACACUCACACACAUGCGUACACACACGAACACACACACACUUGUUUCCCUGAAAUGCCUCCCCUAUCACCACGCACACAGAAGAAGCUUCAAGAGCAUACCGUUCUUUGAUGAGAUUUGUGGUAUGGGCCCUUCAUACACUGCCACUUUGCCUUCUUUUUAUACCUUAAGAUGCUAAAGAACUGAAACCAAUACUACACAUAUACUAUUUUAUUUGAAUAUAUUAAAAUGCAAAUGUUAUAUUUCCAAAAAUAUAUAAUUUGAUAUGAAUCAGGAAAUGCUAUUUUUAAUGAUAAAUAUUUGACGGGCUUAUAUUUUGAGGGAGUCUCCUCUCUGACUUGUUGUACUGUUGAGCUGCAUUGAAAAGGGCCCUUCUGCAAAAGAGUAAUCAGAACACCUUGCUGUUAGUAGUGGGGGGGAAAUGAGUCGGGAGGGGUGAGGGUUGAGAAUGGGCCGAAAAACGAACAAAAAAUGGGUCACCAAAAUGUUCUCACCGUCACUGGAAAAACCCAACCCAGCCGAUGUCGUCCCAAACUAUAUGACCAGCCUCAACCCCUCAGCCGCCCAGAAGUACCAGAAAACACAAGGACUGUUGAGGUCUACUGAAGCCACCUGAAAACACCAUGACGUGUAUUAGUGGCCCUCCUCAGCUACCCCCCUGAAUGUGCCUAUGUGAGAGAGACUGGGUCUGAGGGGCAGGGGUGUAGUAAAGCCUAUGUGUGGCUACAGCAGGGUAAAAGGAGGGUGACCUCACUAAUAAUAUAAUCCUCCACUCGUACUCAUCCCUCGUAACCAGAUAAAACACCCAUGCCCACGCAGGAUAUGACAUCAUAUAACCUCCACGCGGAAAGGGACUUCCCGUAAGUUGAGAAGACACUGCGGGUGCCGUCUGGGCCCCUCCAGCCAGCUAACGCAACCAGAGCCUAGGGGAAAUGUAAGACGCCCCCAUAGUUUGUAAUGUUGGUGUGGUGCGAGUGGUGUUGGAGUUGCUUUGACCACCGAGCUGUUCUUCUGUACCACCUCGCGUUGUGACGGACAGCUACCUGACUGGUUGCUUCGAAAAGAAAAUCACCAUACGUUUUCUACCAUGUUAAAACUUGUUACUCCAUAUCACCAUUGCUGUUUAUUCUUUUUCAAGAAUUAUUACUGUCAUUAUUAUUAUUGUUAUUAUUAACAUUAUUUACUGAUUAUUUUCUACCCCUCAGGGCCAACCUCUUUUCCAUGGCUAUUUUGAUCUCAUAUGAGUUUAGCUUAAGUUUUCAGUUUGUAUUUUCCAGACAGCUACAACGUCUCUAUCUUACUAUUAGCUGAAAUAAAAUAGUAGUUUCAACUGAGCUGGUUGUAUUUGUUAUUAUGGACAGACACAUGGAAAAGAGGGGCUCACAUAAUCCUAUCACAUUACCGUUGUUUUGAAAUACUCUCUUUUCUGGUCUUGUGUAUGUAUAUAUAUAUAAUUUUCCUUUUUGGGGGACUAUGAAAAAUACAUUGUAUUGUUUUGAUGUUAUUAUUUGAAAGGUGUCAAUCUCUUUCUCACUCUCCUCUUAUGUAUUCUUUCUCUCCUUUCACUCCUCAGUGGUUACUUAACACUCAAAAGGAGAGAUGACGAUUCUUACCUUGAAACAUUUAUACCUUCUGUUUCUCUUGUAUCCCCCCCCCAUUUGUAAUUAAAUUGUAAUCAGGGUUUAUUAAAACAGGUAAAAAAGGA